AUGACUAGCCUAAAAUCAAUUAGUUGUGAUCAAAAAGGGUUUUUAAAUCACAGUUAUUUUUUUUACAAUUUCUUGAAAACAUCUAACCACUCAUUAUAUAUCCUACAAAUAAUGCCUCGAUGUUUGAGUUCUGAAGAAUUAAUGGAGCUUUUCAAUGCGCUUGAUAAUAAUGGAGAUGGUGUUGUCAGUCGACAGGAACUGACUACAUGUUUAGUAAAAGCCGGAAUUUCCAUGGCGAAAGUCGAACAAGUAAUGAAUCAACUAGAUCUAAAUCGAGAUGGUUUUAUUACUCUUGAUGAAUUUAAAACAGCUUUAGGAUUAAAUAAAGAACCUGCGGCUGAAUGGAGACGACUUUUCAUGCAAAUGGACCAAGAUCGAAGCGGUGAAAUUGAUGUUAAUGAAUUACAAUCUUUAUUUGAUGAAGCUGGUAUGACUGUAUCACGUUCCGUAUUAGAUGAAUGGAUACGUGAAAAUGAUGUAGAUGAAGAAGAAGAGAAUAGUUUAAGAUCACCAAUAAAUACAAUGUCGAAUAAGGAACAAUUGAUCAGAUUAUUUCAUAAAUUAGAUGAAAGUGGUGAUGGAAUUAUUUCAUGUGAUGAAUUAUAUUCAGGAUUAAGUAAAGCUGGGGUUUCCCGAAAUGUUAUACAGAAAAUAAUGGAUCGUUUGGAUCUAAACGGUGAUGGAAAAGUUACAUUUUCGGAAUAUGAAAUAGCGAUUGGAAUCAAUAGUAACUAA